UUCCAGAAACUGAAUUUUUAUGGUCAGAAAUCAAGUGAAAGCCAGAAGGGAAAGAGGGGAUCUUUCUGGAUUUCUUGCUCACUGCUGAAAAAUAUAAAAAUGAAAAAGGAUGGAAUAUAAUUGAAACUGAAAUAACAAGAGUGGCCAAUUAAUACAAAAAAAACUAUACCUGCAUUAUAAACUGAGGCUUCACGGUGAAGAUUUAAAAAAGGAGAAAAGGUGGCUAGGAAAGGAGAGAUCUGCCUUUCUUGAUUACCCUGGAGACUUGAGAUGUGAGAAAGGAGAAGCUCCCUGCAUUUUCAAAGUCAAGGUUUAAAAAAAAAGGAUUGGGACAAAAUCUUUGAAGAAAUAAACAUUUGUCCAAGAAGACGUGAGAGGUUACCAAGGUGGGGAAAAUUUUAACAUGACGCAAAUGUAUUUAUUUUGACUUCAGAAACUUAAAAAUGAAAAGAAUUUAAUGAGAUGGUUAAAACUAUGCUGUGCUAAACUAAUAGUAACAAGUGAAGAAACAUUUUUGAUUACGUUCUGUGCCGUCAUUAUAAAAAGAGCGGAGGUACAAGGGAGUUGUCAGGAGUGAACUUUUCCUCCAUUCUCUUUCUCAGUGGCUGUGAAGUUGAUUGUAGUAAAGCAGCUGGUACACCAGUCAGAACGAAAGGAAUCCAGGCUUCUAUUUCAACAGGUUGUCCUUCUGGGUUUUCUCAGGUCAAAGACACACCCAUCUGCUUCAGCUGGCUUUUCUUACCGAGAGACCCUUCCGCUUCUUCAUUCCUCUCCUGAGUCUUUUUGACUCCCAUUUCUUCCCCCAACGGCACAGUACACAGCCACCACCAUUACGACCAAAAACACAGACGACUUCCUCACGCUGGCCUCGUCUAGGCUCAGCAGGAGAAAGCGGGUAAUCGGUGCAGCCAUUGGUGUCGCCAUGAUUCUCAUCUUACUAAUUGCCAUCCCACUGCUGGUGCACAGCUCAAAGGCUACCUCUGGUACACACUACGAAAUGCUGGGCAGUUGCCGCAUGGUCUGUGACCCUUACACGACACAUGGAUCUGCAGAAGCCAGUCAGGAGCUGGCAGCCGUUUCCCCACCACCUUUCUUGACAGAGACCGGCAAGGAGCACUCACGCAAGGGAAAGACUGGGUUUAGAGGUCCUCCCGGUCCACCUGGACCCCGUGGACCUCCUGGAGAGCCUGGAAAGCCUGGACCUCCAGGUCCCCCAGGACCAGGACCUGGAGGAUAUGUUCCGUCCUUCUACAGCCCUAGAAUUGCAUUUUACGCAGGACUCCGUAAACCCCAUGAAGGCAGUGAAGUGCUCAAGUUUGACGAUGUGGUCACCAAUGUGGGAAACUACUAUGAACCCACAACUGGAAAAUUCACAUGUCCUUUGCCUGGCAUCUAUUACUUCACCUAUCAUGUUCUGAUGAGAGGGGGCGAUGGCACCAGCAUGUGGGCAGAUCUGAAGAAAAAUGGUCAGGUGCGGGCCAGUGCUAUCGCUCAAGAUGCUGAUCAGAACUACGACUAUGCUAGUAACAGUGUUAUCCUCCAUUUAGAUGUUGGGGAUGAAGUCUGUGUCCAGCUGGAUGGAGGCAAAGUUCAUGGUGGUAGCAACAACAAGUACAGCACCUUCUCUGGCUUCCUCAUCUACCCAGACUGAGGAUGAACUCAGUUGGAUACUACAGGA